UUCGUAUUUCUCGCUUUUUGUGUGUGUUAUUUUUUUAUUGAGGCUCCGAAUCGAAUCGAACGGCUAUGACUAUGCCUAUCUCUCGGUUACCGAUAAGUGGCGACUAUCAGCAGGCAGAUUAAGAGCUAGUUUUAUCAGCGAGUGACUGAGGUGAGUCCAAAGGGGUAUCCCAUAUCCCGUCGCCUCCAAUCGCCAGUCGCCAUGGGCAGUCGAGCGGCAGCGGAGGAGCAUAUUCCCGAUCUGAAUCCGGCUAACCAAACCCUCGAGGAGCGGCUUUUGGGCCAGGGAUACGACUGGAAUUUCAGGGAUACUCUCAUCCAGAGUUGGGAAUCCCUGUUGCUCAUCCUCUCCACCUUUUGGUUUAUUCUCCUGGCAAGAGUGGUUAGCCAAAAGUUGAGACUCCAUGGCUCCCCCAAUCUCUGCUAUGCGGUGGAAUUCGCUUUGGUCAUCCUGCCCUGCAUUCUGCUCGUCACGGUGGCCGUGGAUUAUAGUAACUAUAUAGGAGGGGUAAUCCUACUGAUUACUCUUUGGUUCCUUCAGAGAAGUAGGGCUCUGGAAAAAGCCAGAAUCCGCAGCCAGUUCGAUUUGGGUGGCCAUCGACCCAUGUGCUUUUCUGUUCUUCGAGCUCUGACUCACUUGAUAACCGCCAUCUGCAUUUUGGCCAUUGAUUUUGGCAGCUUCUACAGACCUUAUAGAAAAAGCAGGCAAUAUGGAGCCAAGCUGAUGGAUACUGGCAUUGGUCUAUUUGUCUUCACCAUGGCCAUGGUUUCCCGGAGAUCCAGACACCUUUCGGAUAUUCGGAGGAGUGUUUUAUACUCGGCUAUGCCUUUAAUCUUGUUAGGAUUAGCUAGAACCAUAGCUAUUUUGAUUCUGGGCUAUGGACAGGAUGACCAUGAAUAUGGUCAGCAUUUGAAUGCCUUUUUCACCCUCGGAUUUACCAAGUUCCUGGGAGCUAUGGUCAGCAUUUUGGCUCGCAAGGAUCUGCAUUUGCUGCCCUUGGGUUUUGGUCUAUUAUUAAUACACCAAUUUGGCCUAAGUUUACUGGGCUUUUCCGACUAUGUGAUGAAUGAUGAUAUAGAGCGUUCAAACCUCUUCAAUGCAAAUCGCGAGGGUUUGGUAUCCUUGCCGGGAUUUGUGGGAUUGUAUCUGCUAUCCAUCUAUGUGAAUCGCUGGAUGGUGUCCUCCAGUCUUCUGACCUACUCGGAAUUCAUAAGAAAACUUAGGAGACUCUUUUACAUGGUGGUGAUCCUCUGGAGCUUCUUUGUGAUCAGUGCCUAUGGAAUUGGAAUCUCCCGAGUGACCUGCAAUCUGGGUUAUGUCAUUUGGAUGCUGGCCAUUGGCUGCACCACUUUGUGGGCCAGUUUUGGAGCCAUCGACUUUGUGAUCAACAGUGUGAUGCCGUGGGAAGCGAAUCCUUUGGAGGAACAGGAAAAGGGUCUUCUAACUGGAGAUUCUCCUGCUAAAGGAAGGGAUAAAUCCAUUGUGCCAUUCACCAUUAACCAAGCUUUAAACCAAAAUGGAUUGACAUUCUUCCUGGUGGCCAAUGUCUUGACUGGCAUGGUGAAUAUAUUCCUCAAGCCAGAAGAUCGCUCUAAUCUCGAGUCCGUCAUCAUCCUGCUGGUCUACAUGUUCCUGGCCACCAAAAUGGCCCAUGAAUUCCUAAAGAGAGGAAUUCGAUUAGCCUAAUAUGCACUUUGUGUUUCCUGUGAUUUUAAAUGAAUUUAAUUUAAAUGUAUAAGAAGUACUAACUAUUU